GUGAAUCAGUAACUGUUGUGUUUUUCUUUUUCUUAUUCUCUUCCCACAGUUUUGGCAGAGAAUAAACGCGCCAUUUACACAACGCAAAGCUUAUAUAAACCUCGGAGCAGAACAAACAUUUCACGACAACAACUUUGUUUGAUAGUUUGGUGAGAGGAAUAAUGAUGAAGGGUGGUGAAUACGAGCGGGUGCUGAGGUACUUGGACGAGGACGGUGAUGGAAAGGUUUCAGCUUGUGAGUUGAGGAACAGAAUAGGGAUGAUGGGUGGGGAGGUUGGGUUGAGAGAGGCGGAGAUGGUGAUUGCGGCGUUGGAUUCUGACGGUGAUGGGUUUCUUUGUUUGGAGGAUUUGGUGAAGAUGAUGGAAGGAGUUGAAGAGGAAGAGAAGGUGAAGGAUUUGAGGGAAGCUUUUGAUUUGUACGACAGGGAACGCUGUGGCUUCAUCACCCCCAAAGCCUUGAAGAGGAUGCUCAACAAGUUGGGUGAAUCCAAGUCCAUGGAUCAGUGCAGAGCCAUGAUUUCUCGCUUUGAUUUGAAUGGAGAUGGCAUGCUUAGCUUUGAAGAGUUCAGAGUUAUGAUGAACUAAUCAAUCAUUCAUUCCAAUAGCUGAUUGAUUUCUUUGUACAUUCUCUCUAAUCCUAAUUCAUUCCAUUUUGUUUCUUCAUUCAUCCAUACAAAAUGUAAUUCAAUCAAUUUUCUUCUUUUCAUGCGUUUGAUUCUUGUGAUUCAAUAAUACUUUUAAUUGUUAUCCUUCAAAA